AUGUUUGGAGGCUAUCCGACACUGGCUUUAGUGGCAUUGGCCGCUGGAGCCGUCUCUUCCCAGGAGGUCUACGACUACAUUGUGGUAGGCAGCGGUCCGGGAGGAGGACCUGUGGCUGCCAACCUCGCCAGGGCCGGCUACAAGACUCUUCUUCUCGAGGCCGGCGAGGAUCGUGCAGACGAUCCCAUCUGGGGCUCGAUUGCCAACAACUAUGCCGCCGUUAACAGCCCGUUGGCCCGCUGGGACUUCUUUGUCCAGCACACGGACGACCCGGAGCUCCAGGACCGAUACGAGAGACAGACCUAUCGCACGACCAACGGGUCCUUCUACACCGGUGUUGAUCCUCCUCCCGGGGCUGAGAGACUCGGUAUAUGGUACCCUCGCGGCACGUCUCUUGGGGGCUGCGCCAUGAACAACGCGGCCAUUUCGACUCUGCCCCCGGAUGCGGACUGGGAGAUUGUUGUCAACCGUACCGGCGACCAGACUUGGUCGCCCGAUAGCAUGCGCCAGCACUUCAUCAACAUUGAGAGAAACGAGCGGCUCCCCCGCGGCACCCCGGGCCAUGGAUUCGACGGAUGGCUGCGAAUCAACACCCGGAACAACUCGUGGACUGAGCAGCCGAACAACGUCCUCCGCAUCAUGCAUGGUCUCGCCAACGCCACCGACCAGGACACGAACAACAUUCCCGAGCUGGUCAUCCGGGACGUCAACGAGCUCUCCCCUGACCGGGACCAACACACGGGCUUCUACGGCAUGAGCCUGCACAUCCACGCCAACGGCACACGCUCUGGGUCCAACAGCUACAUCCGCGAUACCCUGAACAAUCCCGCGGGCUACCCUCUCACGGUCCAGACCAACAGCUUCGUCACCAGGGUCCUGUUCGACCAGAGUGGCCCCGUCCCGGUCGCGAACGGCGUGGAAGUUCUGAGGGGCUCGGCCGUCUACCGCGCAGACCCGCGAUGGACCCCGGAGAACCGGGGCGAGCUGGCCACGGUUCGGGCCACGAGGGAAGUCAUUGUUUCCGGCGGGGCGUUCAACAGCCCGCAGAUCCUGAAGCACUCUGGCGUCGGCCCCGCCGCGGAGCUGGAGAGGUUCAACAUCACCGUGGUCAAGGACCUCCCGGGAGUCGGCGAGAACAUGGCCGAGAACUACGAAGCCGGUGUCCUCGGCCUGGCGGGCGACAACAUCAACCUCAAUGCCGGACAGACCGGGCUCCUCCUCAAGACGCCCACCGAGACCGGGGACCGGAACAUCCACGCCUGGUGCGGCGCCUUCGCGCUCGAGGGCUUCUGGCCGGGGAUGCCCAACUACUACGGCCCCCGGCAGUACAUGUGUGCCAUGGCGCACAUGCAGCCCAGGUCCCGCGCCGGCAGCGUCAGGCUGAGGUCGUCCGACCCGACGGACACCCCCGAGAUCAACUUCCGCUUCUGGGAGACGGGCGGCGAGGAGGACCUGCGGGAGCUCGUCGACGCCGUCAACAUCAUGCGCAGGGGGUUCCUCGCCGCCGGCGACCCCGUCACGCCCUGGAACGAGCUGCACCCUUGCCACGGCGACACUGCCACCAACUGCACCGACGAGGCUCAGCUCGAGUACUUCAGACACCAGUCCUUCGGCCACCACGCGACCUCGACCUGCGCCAUUGGCGCCGCCGACGACCCCAUGGCUGUCGUGGACAGCAAGUUCCGCGUCCACGGCGUCCAGAACCUGCGAGUCGUCGACGGCUCCGUGUUCCCGCAUGUCCCCGGCGCGUUCCCCGUCUUGCCCACGUUCAUCAUCGCGGACAAGGCGUCUGGGGAUAUCCUUGAGGCUGCUCGUAACUGCAAAGCCUAG